GGCAAAGUAAGCACACGGUGAAGCACUGCUCUCGCAUGCUGAUGGUUCGCGCGUAUGUUUUAGGAGACGAUUCUUUACGCAAUGUGCAUAAGAAACAGACAAAUCUAGUUGUUUGCGACCUGUGAGCUAGGCUUUCCGGCACAUAGAAUGCCAUCUGCCCUAUAGUUGCUUUACUUUAUAUCUGUUGCCUCCAUUAAAAACAUAUUACUCAACAUGUCGCGGUUUAGCGCAGCGCUGCAAGUCAUUGCCAGCGCGGGCGUAUCACAGCUUUCGGUAGCACAAUGGGCUCCACUUGUAAGUCUAGGUGCUCUGGGCCAACUGGAGCAGCGUUGUGGGCGGUCUAUGCUGACGAGCGUGUUUGGAGGUGUCAAUCAUCAACCUGCCGGCGCUCGCCACAUUACUUCAUCUACGGGUAGCCAGCAAGAGGGGCAAAGCACAUCUAGUUCUGGUUCCGCAUCGGACAAGGCUCCUGCUAGCACGAGCUUGAAGGACCUGCUCCAAGUCUCCAGCGCCCGCAUCGCCCAGGGCGACGUAAGCCGGCUGGCCGACGUCAACGCCGACCUCGCAGCCGCAGCCGCCGCAGCCCGACUGGAAGCCUCUCUCCAGCCCUCCACCACCGCCACCACCUCCACCGAACAACAGCCCACCUCUUCCGAUGCUUCAGCGGAAGUCAACCCCGACGAGGCCGCCUCCACCAGCGGCCCCAGCAGCUCCACCCAACAGCAGCAGCAGCAGCGGCUGUUGCACCCCAAGUAUGGUUACGGAGCGCUGGGCGGCGUGUUGCCGGCUGGCGCUGCGGACGAGGCGGGGGCGGGGGUUGCGGGGCUGGUGGGUGCGCUCACCGCGCAGCACCCCCGGGUCAACCCGCGCAAGAUGUUCAUGCCGGGGGAGACCUACGAGCCACAGGACCUCAACCCCUACGCGGUGAAGGCCCAGCAGCCCUCCGCCCGCCGGGGCGCCGCCGCCAUCCCGCGCCCCUCCGUGUCGGAGGUGCUGGAGAAGGCGGACUACAAGAACGUGGCCUUCCUGGCGCGCUGGUUCCUGUCGCCGGCGGGCCGCCUGCUGUCGCGGAGGCAGACCAAGCUGCCCGUGGCCGUACACAAGUACGUGUCCCGGCAGGUGAAGCUGGCCCGCCACAUGGGCCUCAUGGCGGGCGAGUCGCGGCUGGACAAGAUGCACCUGCCGCGGCUGAGGGAGCAGGAGCUGAUCGAGGCGCAGCAGCGGGCGGCGUACGAGGGGGC